UUGCCGACCCUUUAAAAACUUACAGUAGUAAGUACCUAAAUAUUUAGUCUAUGUCAAGAUAUAAUAUUGUUUAAAGCGCACAAUUUUACUCGUAGUAAGUAUCGUACGAUACUCCUAUAUUAUAUACAACUGUAGUUAUAAAACGUGUUAAUUUCAAUUAUCUGACCUACCUGUUUUUUUACUUCAAUGGAAUAAUUUUAUUAUUCUUAUAUUGUCCGAUAUCCUACUCGUACUUAUGAAAUGAAAUAAUAAUUUUAUUUUCAAUACUCUUUCGUUUCAUUUCACCAAACAGUGCCUAGUCUUGUCUUGUCGAUGACAAAAUUAAAUAUGGAAUGUCAAAACAUCAAUCAGUACAAAGAAAAAAAAUGGGAAGUCAUUUGACAAAGUUCAAAUUCUGAAAUUUGUUGUUAAAAUAUGUCAUACUCGAAGAAUGCCCGUAAACUACCUGAUAUCAGUAAAUCAUCGUUGCACACAGACACACGUGAGGCGGAAGGAGUGAUUGCUUGCAACGCAUCAGAGAGUUGCACUUAUGCUGUAACCGUGUCGAAAAAAUCAAGCGGCACAGCGGAGGAAUCCCCGCUCUGUUCCGGCCAAAAAUCCUUCAUCAGUAUCCAUUCCACCGACCAACUAUGUCAAGUGACCGAUAUCGAAAACCCCGCCAACCUCGACGAGUGCAACGUCGAAGUUAUCAGCCUCAACGAAGUCUUCCCUUCCACGUCAGAAGAGAGCCUGUCCAAUGACGAUGAACCUCAAAGAAAAGAAAGGAACCGUACUAAGAAACCUAUCCCUAAACAUGAAAAAACUGCCUAUGUACCGACCAAUAGUAAGUCUUCGACUGGCUCUCGGCAGAAAGAACCGAUGGAGGGUCAGACGUCGGUGUAUUCGGACUUCGAUAUACCGAAGAACACGAUGUAUGUGGUUGGAAGCGACCCGGGGGAAGCGAAGAAGUCGUAUCAGGAUCCACCGAAGAAAAUUUCGAAGACGAUGAAAAAGCUGCUCCGAAACAUAGACAAGCACAAGAGCGAGCAAAACAGCAAAAGCGAAAAACAAGCACUCAGCAAGCUGACGAUGAGGAGCAUCCUGAAGGACGGGCGCUGCGGGCCGGAGUGCACUGGAGACUCCGUUCAGCCCUCCGACGAUUAUUCACCAGAUGACCACAACAUUCCACCAUUUAUGGAAUUCGAGCCAGCAACGAACUACGCCAGCUACGUCAAACAGAACCCAGACAAGAACGUCACCUUCAAUACGCAAGUGGUCAUCAUUCACUUCACAGGCGACCUCUGUGUGGGACAAAGCGUAGAAACGCUAAGCAAAGAGAAGGACCAACAAGCACGGAAUUCUGAACUUAGAAAAACUUUCCUCAACAAGUAUAAUGAACAUUGGCCCACUCAGAAGUAACGUGAUUUUAGACAAUUACAUUACCUAAUUAAUCUAUGCGCCAUUCUUGUGAAAAGGGACUUAAGUACAGUAGUCGCUUACGUUAGCUUUUUUUUUCUUUCGUCCAUCUGGACAGGCUAAAGCACUAAGCCAUACUUACGUUACGUCAUUAUUAGUGACGCCCUAAAAUUCGACAUAAGCAUCUAUUGCACUAAGGUCCAUUUUUCUAAAUGACACAUACUUUACCAUGCAAGCGUAUCUCAAUUGUUUGUCUAUGGUCGAUGAUAUUGCGCAAUAUUAGCUAUCUUAUAAAAGUUGCCGCCUAUAGGGGGCUUAAAUUUGUCACGAAACGCGAAAAAAACGUGGCAAUUUCGAAAAGUGAAAAAUACUAAAUAAUUUUAUCAGGUUCAAUUGGAUUGUCCAUAUUACGGUAGUCGCCUAGCUAUUAUUUAAUAUAUUAAGUCGUCCUAAAUGUUUUUAUUAAUUUAUUAUAUCUGCAAGUUUUGUAAUGUUACUGAAUUAUGGUGCUAAUAUAUGUUGCCUUGUUUAUUUAAAGUCCGUUCGGUUAGCUAAGCAUUUCUGUAUCAUGUAGAUUUAGUAAAGCAAAUUGAAAUAGAGAUUUAUAAAAUCAA